AAACCAUACUCUAUCCAAACAAAGUCGAAAGAUUUGGGCGUGAACGUUUUGCGAGAAUUUACGUGAGAAAUUACUUCCUUUGUGAAGUAUAUCCGCAUUUGAACCAAUGGCAUCCGCAUCGAGUAGCAGCGCUAAAAAUUUGUUCAGUGACUCCAAACGGCGGCUGGCCGAACGGGUCGCAGUGAAUGUUAACAAUGCAUCGUCAGUAGCUCGUCAGAUCGUGCGCGGGUCUAAAUCAAACGAAAUCCUAAUGCAGGCAGCAAAGAAUUUCGCGUAUCAUGAGAGUACCGUCGACAACAGCAUUCAGAAUCUCAAGAAGAUGGAAAUCAUCUUCCAGCACCUGAACUACCAGUACGAGGCUAUCGAGCAGGCGGGUGAAAAGUUAGAAUAUGUCGAGGAGCAGGUGAAAGCCAUGGAAAGGUGAUAAAGCGCGAAUGUGGUGCGAUACGAACCAAAGGCAUGCGACUCAAGAUCAAACUGUGGUUUAUUAUAAGUUCGUCUGAAUCGGUUUAGUUAUAAGUUUCUUCUGACGUUAACGAACGUAAAGAAUAUUUGAUUUGGACCAAAAGUUUAACAUUCAUGAAAGCGUGCAUCUUCAAAAAAAAACAGCUAAGAAAUUUUAUUUACAUUGCAAGCUUACAGUAUUGCUGUUAGUUAUCAAAUUGUCAUAUGCGAGCGCC